AAGCUCCAUGGCGCCUCUCUUGACCACGCCUGUGUGUCCCAGGAUUCAAGCAAUGGAGGCAAGGCAGGCAAUAAUCCCGCUCUCUCAUGAGUGUGAAGGUUGUUUGUUUGCUCCUUGCGCCAGUUUUGUCAGAGCUGACUGUCACGACUAGACAUGGCUGACGAAUUUAUUUCUGUGGGGAGCGAUGGCACCGUGUUUGAGCCAAGGGAAAACGGGAGGAAAGUGUUUUUCAAGUUUCAAGCGGAUCCGAUUGCGCGUUCCCCGUCGUUGUCAUCGAAGCCGUCGAGCCCGUGGAGUUCCUUGGUCUGCCCUCCAAGUGCAACUCCAGGGACGCCUUGCAGCUGCUGCAAACCGCUGAAAUUCGGAGAGGCGUUUCCCCUUGACCUAAAUUCAGGGGGAGGACCAGACGGUCUGGUAUACGUUCCAAGCACGUACACCGAAGCUAGUCCGUGUCCUAUUCUCGUGGCGCUGCAUACGGAAGAUGGAGAUGCGAAGGAAGCCCUCGCUCCGUUCAUGCAGUGCGCAGAGCAACAUCGCAUCCUCUUGGUGGCUCCAGAUGCGCGGGAUGUGCUGUGGGAUUGCAGCUUCGAAGGGGCAAACAUGGAUGCCUCUUUCAUCGACAAGUAGGCUCUGCCGUUGGUUGUUGUAAUGACUACUGCCUUGAGCGUUCCUAUGCUAACUACAUGGUCAAUUGUUGCUGCAGGGCAAUGGAAACUGCCUUUAGCCGUUUUUCUGUAGACCCAGAAAGCGUGUGCUUGUCAGGAAUUUCUGAUGGAGGAACCAUGGCUAUGGCUUUGGGAUUGCGGAACAGUCAGCUGUUCAGCCAUGUCAUGGCGUUUACACCCGGAACGAUUGACUUGCCAUGCUAUCAAGAUGGCCCCGACAUCUUUAUAUCACAUGGGACAUCUGUACCGGAUCGAGAAAUCGAUAUUUGUAGUCAGCAGCUUGUACCUAAGCUGCGGAGGUGUGGUUAUCAUCUAAAGUACGUGGAGUACGAGGGUUCCGAGAGGUCCCCACCACCCGAGGUUGUUUCUGACGCAGUGUCUUGGUUUAGGAGGAAGAGGGUAGGUUCCUGGAUUGGGCUAGACUCGCUAGCUUAGACCAUCUUAACCGCCUUUUCGAAACUGCUUCUCACUUGAAACAUCCUAAGGGUGUGAUUUAGUUCUUAGUGUUAACGUA